GAAGGAAGAUGUUGAUUUAGCCUACAACAGUUGAAAUUCAAAUUUGACCUUGGAUCGUUCUGACUCCAAGCUGCUUAGCUGUCUAGAUCAAUAACUAAAAGGGACCUCAGAAGACACCAGGUCAAGCUCACUCCAUUUGUAGAUAUGAAAAUUAAGGCUUAUGGAGGACAAAGGAACUUCAGAAGGACCCACAUGCAGUAAGCCUCAGAGGCAGGAUUUGAAAACAGGUCCUCUGGGUCCAGAGAACACACCUUCUCCUCCUUAUGGAAUGAAUUCUCUCCUCCUUUCUGACCAAGAAGAAGCCAAGAAGAUUAUUUGUUAUAUAGCAGAAACAAAGAGAUCUCGACUCCCAUGGAUUCACUUACCAUGUCUAUGAAGAUGAUUCUCAGCCCUGCUCUCUCUCCUGAGCUCCAGUCUUCUUACCCUUCCCCCUCCCCCAUGAAGUGUGUGACUCAGCUCUCCUGGCCUUGUGGCUGUUACUCACACCUGAUGCUCCAUCUUCUGAGCUGUCAAUCCCCUGACAAUCAUGGGCUCAGCAGUGGGAAGGAUCUCAGAGGGCAUUUGGUCCAGUCCAGUCCUCAACAGAAAUCCCUUUUCAAACAGCCCUGACAAGUCAUCCUCCAGCCUCCACGGAGAGACUCCACUCCAGUUCUCCUAAGACUGCUCUUCUAGGCUUACCCUGCUGCUACUCAAGAUGAAUCCAAGAAAUAGAAAAAGAGUGGAGGAAAGCAAGACUGUAUCUCCCUGGUUGGGAUCCUGUCAACCAUGAUAUGGACCAUAAGAUGGACUCACCAGCCAGCUUCCUACAACAGCCGCACUCCACGUUUAUACCUCAUACUCCUCAUCCUUGUGCUUUCUGGUAUUCCUAGCUCAGUUCUGCACACAGGCACAUUCACAGUAUCUGGCCCUCUGGUCCAGCCCAUCCGGGCCUGGGUGAGGGAAGAUGUCCAGCUCUCCUGUCACCUCUCCCCUAAGAUGGAUGCUCGGGGCAUGACUGUGAAGUGGGUCAGAGGCCCACUGGUUGUGCACUUGUACCGCAUGGGCCAGGAGAUGGAGGAAGUCCAGGCCCCUGCAUUCCAAGGGAGGACAAAGAUGCUGAGAGAGGACAUGGCUGAGGGGAAGGUGACUGUGAUCAUCCAUCAGGUCAAGCUCUCUGACACUGGCCAGUACACGUGUUAUUUCCAGACAGGCACCAUUUACAACGAAACCAGCUUUGACCUUCAUGUAGCAGAACGCCAGAAAAAAGCAUUCUCAGUGAUUGGCCCUGCUCAGCUCAUUCAAGUCAAGCAGGAGGAAAACGUCACACUUUCCUGUCAACUCUCCCCUAAGAUGGAUGCUCGGGCCAUGACUGUGAACUGGUUCCGAAACCAGACCCUUGUACACAGGUACCCCGCUGGGGAGAAGCUGGAGGAAUCCCAGGGUGCUGAGUUCCAGGGGAGGAUGGAGCUGCUGAAACGUGACAUGGCUGAGGGGAAGGUGACCUUGAAGAUCCAGCAUGUCCAGGUCUCUGACUCUGGUCAAUACACUUGCCACUUCCGUUCUCCUGACUAUUACAAUGAAGCCCACUUUGAACUGCAGGUAGCAGAGAAUCUCCCCACAUCUCAGAAGACACUUCAUAAAAGGAUUUUUCUUUUAUUCCCGGUGGUCUUCAUUGGUUCCAUCUUUGUGGUUUCUUUCUUCUGCCAAACAAAACUCCAAAGAACCAGAGCAGAGGUAUUUCAAAAUGACCAAUUCCAGAAGGAGGGACAGAGAAGCAGCAGGGACGAGCAGGGACUCCCCUGCCUCCACUGAGGACCUCCUGCUUCCCCAAGGGCUGCCAGACAGACAAUCUAUCUCUCCUUUAGUGAUACACUAAGGGGAAGGUAGGGCAGCAUAACCACAGAGCAGCACAUAUAAAAACCCCUUCUUUUUUUUUGUUUGUUUGGGUUUUUUUGGUUUUUUUAGGCAAUGGGGUUAAGUGACUUGCCCAGG